AUGGAGCAAAAGGUGAAAGAGGAUCGUGAAGCUAAACGUGCCCGGCUGGAUGGAAGGCAUGACUACAUCCUCAGUACGGUGGGUUUCUGCUUGGGACUGGAGAAAGCCCAUGUGGAAGAAGCCAUACUGGAGGGGAAUCAGAUUGACCGAAUGGAGCAGUUCUUUGUGACUGAGGGUCUCCCACAUCUCAUGUUCUUCUAUCAGGACGUCCUGCAAACUGAGUCAGUGUCACAGACACCAGCACAUGGUUUCUCCCCACUCAUACCUAGUCGCAGCAGCAAGCCCAAAGUGUUUGUGACAGAUGGAAAGGAUGUGGCGUUAAUGGGAGUGUGUGUCUUCUUCACCAGACCUGACACUUCUAAGGCAGUCACCUCAGAGAAUAUACACAAGGAUGUAAAUUUCAAUAUGUUGGACACAACUGAUGGGGGUCUGUUGAAAAGUUUAGAGCAGCUGUUCUCUGAUGUCUUCAUCCCCGCACUGAGGAACAUGGACCAUGGUUGGGGAGAGCAUGCCAAUCCCCAGAACCAGGCUGUCAAACAGGAAUACUUAGCAUCUCUGGAAAACAUGGUGUCUGAUUUGGCUGGAGCACAGCAGAACAUGAAAAAAAUGGUGACCCUCAAAGAGUGUGACGCCAUUGACUGGGAAGUUUUCAAAUGUCCAUCAGAUUACACGGCUGCAGCUAACACCAAAGAGACCGUUGAAAAGGCAGAAGCCUGCAUGAAAGUCUGGAUUCAGCAGAUUGAACAGGUCGUAGCUGAGAGUGACCAGCUGAGAAAAGAAUCUGAUGAUCUUGGUCCUCGGGAUGAACUGAACUACUGGAAGGAACAAAUGACCUGUUUCAGCUACAUCCUGGACCAGCUGAAGAGACCGGACUUUAAAGUUGUUAUGGGUGUGCUCUUGAUGGCCAAAUCCAAACUUAUCAAGUCGUGGCGUGAACUGGACACCAGGAUCACAAAGGCAGUUAACGAGGCUAAAGACAACGUCAAGUUCCUCUUCUCCCUUGAGAAGUAUUGUGACCCGCUCUACAACUGUGAUCCUGUUGCGAUGGUUGGUGCAAUCCCAGGUUUGAUGAGUACAAUCAAGAUGAUUUACACUAUCUCUCGUUACUACAACACCUCUGAAAAGAUGACAUCACUUUUUGUCAAGGUGACAAACCAGAUGAUCACCGCUUGCAAGGCCUACAUCACUAAUAAUGGCGCUAAUUCAAUCUGGGACCAACCUGAGGAAGAACUGACCGACAAAGUAAAAGCUGCUAUCCACCUCAACCAGGAGUACCAGCGCCAUUACCAUAAGACCAAGAAGAUACUGGAACAGACUCCUUCAGAGAGACAAUUUGACUUCAGCAAGACGAACAUUUUUGGGCAGUUUGACGCAUUUGAGCGACGACUCAGGAAAAUCCUGGAAAUGUUCAACACCAUUUCAACUUACUCUGCUCUACAACACUCGAAGUUAGAGGGACUGGAGACUGCAGCAACCAGGUUUCAAGGUAUUGUAGCAAACAUGAAGAGGAAACACUACAGCUUCCUCAAUCAAAGAAGAACUGACUUUGAUCUGGACUAUGAUCAUUUCUGCAGAAGCACCUCUGAGCUCCACAAUCAGCUCAAGACUUUCAUGAACAGCACAUUUGAAAAAAUUCAAAAUACAAACAGAGCUCUGAAUGUGAUCAAGAAAUUUGAAAGACUGGGCAUCCCAGAUCUCGGGAUUGAGGAGAGGUACCAGCUCAUCCUGCAGAGUUAUGGUCGGGACAUUGACAUGGUGUUUUAUGUCUACACCAAGCAAAGAGAAGACCCACCUUUUGGCCGUACUAUGCCCCCAGUGGCAGGACGGAUCAAGUGGGCUCGACACCUGUACAGCAGGAUCCAGGGUCCCAUGGAUGUCUUUCAGCAGCAUUCAGGGGUUCUUUCUAAUCCAGAGGCAAAGAAGAUAAUCAAAAAUUACAACAGGGUAGCCACAGCCCUGGUGCAGUUUGAGAUCAUCCACCAUCUCAAGUGGAUGAAAAAGAUGGAAGCUGCAAAGGUUUGCCUGCGGGCCUCUCUGCUGGUCAGAUCUUCCAUGACAGGAGAGCUCGUUGUGAACCUUGACCCAGAGAUUCUUAUCCAAAUCAGGGAGACCAACUGCAUGCAAAAGUUGAAUUUGGAGGUCCCGCCCUUUGGUGCCUUGCUGCAGCUCAAAGAGGACACCAUCAAGGACACCUACAGCAAAUUACAGUUAAUGUUGAGUGAAAACUCCAGAGUGCGGGCAAAGAUUCAGAGUGCAUUUCAGCAGCUGGCCAUUCCACAUGUUGCCAAGGUGGAUGAGGCUAUACUGCCUGGUUUGACUUAUCUUAACUGGACAUCACUGAACACUGACAAGUACCUGAGCUGCAUCGACAAGUCUUUGGGGGAGCUGGAGCAGUUGAUUGACAGGGUGAAUGACUUGGUGGAGUUCAGGAUAGAUGCAGUUCUGUUGGAGAUGAUUGGAUCCACACUUUGUGUGCUCCCAGAGAAUGAUCCAGUCAACUGUGAGGAAUUUGUUCAGACCACCAGGGACCUUUGUAUAAAACAAGCCCAGAGUCUGCACACUAAGAGCUCACUGGUGGAGGAUGCCACAAAUGAAGUGAUCAACAUGCUGCUGGAGUUUGACCACAGUCCCAUACAAGAGAUGAAGAAAGUUGAAGAAGAAAGCAGCCCCGAGAGGAAAAAUGUGGACCACACUGAAAGUGAAGGUGAAGAUGAGACCAGUCUCUUGGGCAGAAACACUGUUCUUCCUCCCACAAGCGUUGGCCCUUCCUCUCCCUUGAUGAGGAGAAAGAAGAGGAGGGACCUACUGAAGGUCAUGGAAGAGGAAGCUCAGGAGCUGCUUUCCUACUUCAAUCACCGCAACGUCGAUGCUCUGUUCAGACUGACACGGAACACCCUGGAGAUGUUAUGCAAACGCAUCCACGCCUCUGCACUCAUACAUUACACAGCUGAGGACGAGUCACCAGCUCAAAAGCCUAUCUUCAGUGUUAAUGCGACUCUGUCCAUCCCCAACAUCACCAUAGUCCCAGCCCUGGAGGAUGUCCAGCAGGCUCUGAACCGGGCCGUUGAGUGUAUAGUCAGUGUCAACAAGGGAGUCAGACAGUGGAGUAAAGAAAGGAUCUCAAAGAGAAAAAUGAAUCAAAAACGGAUCGCCGCUCUGAAAGAGGAAAGUUCAGAGAGUGUCUCAGAGGAUGGAGCAACAACAUACAGGAGUUUGGCUGAUGGUACCAUCUCAGACAUUUCAGCUUCUGUGGCCCAGUCCACCCCAUUCCAAGCCACAAAUUACUACAAGACUGUGUCUGAAAACAAGGAAAUCAUCAUGCUGGUCUCUCUUCUCAGUACGUCCAUCAGCUCCACCAAAAAGGAGGUUAUGAGUGCGCUGCAGCGUUUCAGCUGUUACCAUCACCUCUGGAUAAAUGACCGUGGAGAUGCAAUACUAAAGUUCAUUGAGGGAAGCCCUUUGAUAUCAGAGUUUGAGAGUAGGAUUGUUUAUUACCGAAAUCUGGACCGAGAAAUUAACUCAGAGCCUGAGUACAUCACUGUGGGAGCGUUGGCUGUAUUUACAGCUGACUUAAAGAUGUCAUUCACUGUGGAAACUAAGAAUUGGAUGAAGGACUAUGGACUGUACUGCAACAAGAAAUAUCAUUCUGAGAUGGAGCAGAUUAUUGCUUUUAUAGAUGAAGCAGAAAAGAAACUGAAUCGACAGACCAAAGACCUGGAUGAUAUUCGCAUCGCCAUGGCAGUGCUCAAGGAGAUCAGAGAACGAGAAAUAUCUAUUGACUUUCAAAUUGGACCCAUAGAGGAAUCAUAUGCUAUUCUCAACAAAUAUGAGCUGUCAGUGGUGAAGGAAGAGGCUGAAACGGUGGAUGCACUGCGCUACAGUUGGGAGAAGCUGUUGUCACAUAGUGCAAAAGUGCAGAAUGAGCUGGUGGCUCUGCAACCAAACUUUAGAGGAGAGCUUGUGAGAAAUGUGGAGAGCUUUGUAGAAGAUUGUCAGUACUUCUACCAGGACUAUGAGAAGGAUGGUCCCAUGGUGGACGGCCUCCCUCCUCGGGAUGCCAGUGACAGACUCAUUAUGUUCCAGAAUCGAUUUGACAAUCUGUUCAGGAAAUACAUCACCUACACAGGAGGAGAGGAGCUCUUUGGACUCCCUGUUACAGAGCAUCCUCAGCUGUUAGAGAUCAAGAAGCAGUUGGCUCUGCUGCAGAAGUUGUAUGGACUUUACAACAGUGUUAUCGACACAGUCAACGGUUACUAUGACAUCCUUUGGGCUGACAUCAACAUUGAGCAGAUUAAUAACGAGCUGCUGGACUUUCAGGCGAGAUGUCGAAAGUUGCCCCGUGCCAUGAAGGACUGGCAGGCCUUCCAGGACUUGAAGAAAACAAUUGAUGACUUCAGUGAAUGUUGUCCACUGCUAGAGCACAUGACCAACAAGGCCAUGAUGGCACGUCACUGGAAACGAAUUACCGAGGUGACUGGACAUACCUUUGAAGUGGAGAGUGAGACUUUCAAGCUAUGUAACAUCAUGGAGGCUCCUCUGCUCAAGUAUAAAGAGGAAAUUGAAGAUAUCUGUAUCAGCGCAGUGAAAGAGCGAGACAUCGAACAGAAGCUGAAGCAGGUGAUCUCAGAGUGGGACAACAAGACUUUUACAUUUGCUAACUUCAAGACUCGUGGAGAGCUGCUUCUGAGAGGAGACAGCACAUCAGAGAUCAUUAGCAGCAUGGAGGACAGUCUGAUGAUUUUGGGGUCUCUUAUGAGCAACAGAUACAACACCCCAUAUAAAGCACAGAUUCAGAAAUGGGUUCAGAAUCUUUCCAACACCAGUGAUGUCAUAGAAAACUGGAUGACUGUCCAGAACCUUUGGAUCUAUCUGGAGGCUGUGUUUGUUGGCGGAGACAUUGCAAAACAGCUGCCAAAGGAAGCAAAGCGUUUCUCUACCAUAGACAAGUCGUGGGUGAAGAUCAUGAUGCGAGCCCACGAAAUGCCCAAUGUAGUGCAGUCGUGUGUGGGAGAUGAGACCAUGGGGCAGCUGCUUCCUCACCUCCUUGAACAGCUGGAGAUCUGCCAAAAGUCACUUACAGGCUACCUGGAGAAGAAACGUCUUUUGUUUCCUCGUUUCUUCUUUGUCUCUGACCCGGCCCUGUUGGAGAUUCUGGGUCAGGCGUCAGACUCCCACACCAUCCAGGCCCAUCUUCUCAACGUCUUUGACAACAUCAAAAGUGUCCGUUUCCAUGACAAGAUAUAUGACCGUAUUCUGGCGAUAUCGUCACGGGAGGGGGAGACUGUGGAGUUGGAGCGUCCUGUGACAGCAGAGGGGAAUGUGGAGGUUUGGCUAAAUGCUUUGCUGAAAGAAUCCCAGAGGUCUUUGCAUCUGGUGAUACGGCAGGCUGCAAUGGCCAUCCAGGAGUCUGGUUUCCAACUCAUGGAUUUUCUGCAGGCCUUCCCUGCUCAGGUUGGCUUGUUAGGCAUGCAGAUGAUGUGGACAAGAGACUCUGAAGAGGCUCUAACCAGUGCUCGAUUUGAUCGCCACAUCAUGGCCAAAACCAACCAAGUCUUCCUUGAUCAGCUUAACACACUGAUUGAUAUGACCACAAGAGACCUGGAAACUGUGGAGAGGACCAAGUAUGAGACUCUCAUCACCAUCCAUGUGCAUCAGAGGGAUAUAUUUGAUGACCUGUGUCGGCUGCAAGUCAAAAGCCCCAGUGACUUUGAGUGGCUGAAGCAGUGUCGUUUUUACUUCAACGAGGACUCAGACAAGACAAUCAUCAACAUCACAGAUGUGGGAUUUGUCUACCAGAAUGAAUUCUUGGGCUGCUCUGAAAGGCUUGUCAUCACACCAUUGACUGACAGGUGUUACAUCACCAUAGCCCAGGCUCUUGGCAUGAGUAUGGGUGGAGCCCCUGCAGGUCCUGCAGGAACGGGUAAGACGGAGACUGUAAAAGACAUGGGUCGCUGUCUGGGCAAGUAUGUUGUGGUCUUCAACUGUUCUGAUCAGAUGGACUUCAGAGGUCUGGGGAGAAUUUACAAAGGCCUGGCACAGUCUGGUUCGUGGGGCUGUUUUGACGAGUUCAACCGCAUUGAGCUCCCGGUUCUGUCAGUGGCUGCCCAGCAGAUUGCCAUCAUACUCACCUGCAGAAAGGAACGCCGCAAAAGCUUUAUUUUCACUGAUGGAGACACUGUGGACAUGAACCCAGAGUUUGGCAUGUUCCUUACUAUGAACCCAGGAUAUGCAGGUCGCCAGGAGCUUCCUGAGAACCUAAAGAUCAACUUCCGCUCCGUGGCCAUGAUGGUUCCUGACCGACAGAUUAUCAUCAGGGUAAAACUGGCCAGCUGUGGGUUCAUAAACAACAUUGAGCUGGCUCGCAAAUUCUUUACUCUCUAUAAGCUGUGCGAGGAGCAGCUUUCCAAGCAGAUUCACUAUGACUUUGGCCUUCGGAACAUCCUGUCUGUGCUGCGAACACUGGGGGCAGCCAAGAGAGCCAAUCCUAAUGACACCGAGUCCACCAUCGUUAUGAGGGUCCUCAGGGACAUGAACCUCUCCAAACUGAUUGAUGAGGAUGAGCCGCUGUUCCUGAGCUUGAUUGAGGACCUCUUUCCAGGCAUCCAACUUGAUAAAGCGGGAUAUCCUGAACUGGAGGCUGCCAUCAACACACAGGUUGAGGAGGCGGGUCUGAUCAACCAUCCUCCCUGGAAACUGAAGAUCAUCCAGCUGUUUGAAACUCAGAUGGUUCGACAUGGUAUGAUGGCCCUGGGACCUAGUGGGGCUGGAAAGACAACCUGUAUCCACUCUCUGAUGAAAGCUAUGACAGACUGUGGUCAGCCCCACAAAGAGAUGCGGAUGAACCCUAAAGCCAUCACAGCACCUCAGAUGUUUGGCCGACUGGAUGUGGCAACAAAUGACUGGACUGAUGGCAUCUUCUCAACACUUUGGAGGAAAACACUGAGAGCAAAGAAAGGGGAACAUAUUUGGAUAGUUCUCGAUGGACCAGUGGAUGCUAUUUGGAUUGAGAACCUGAAUUCAGUUUUGGAUGACAAUCGAACCCUCACACUGGCGAACGGAGACCGCAUACCAAUGGCGCCAAACUGUAAGGUGGUUUUUGAGCCGCAUAAUAUUGACAAUGCUUCUCCAGCCACCGUGUCACGAAAUGGCAUGGUGUUCAUGAGUUCUUCAGUGCUCAACUGGACUCCUAUACUGGAGGCCUGGCUGAAGAAACGUUCCCCUAAGGAGAGAGAGGUCCUUAAAGAGCUCUUCUCAGGCUCCUUCCCUGAAAUCUAUCAAUUCAGUUUACAGUCACUGGAGUACAAGAUGGACCUGCUGGAAGCCUUUGUCAUCAUGCAGUGCAUCAACAUGUUGCAGGGACUCCUACCACCACCAAAGGAGCAGGGUAGUGAGUUAAGCAGAACUCACUUAGAGCGGCUUUAUGUCUUUGCCCUGAUGUGGAGUACAGGAGCUUUGUUGGAACUGGAUCACCGAAAGAAGAUGGAGCUCUGGCUUAGAGGAAACAACACUGUCCAUCUGAAUUUGCCAGACAUUCCUUCUGACAGUGAAGACACCAUGUUUGACUACUAUGUCUCACCAGAUGGUCAGUGGAUCCAUUGGAGCACAAAAGUAGAUGAAUAUAUUUACCCAUCAGACGUAACCCCAGAAUACAGUUCCAUUUUGGUUCCCAAUGUGGACAAUGUUAGAACAGACUUUCUAAUUCGCACCAUCGCCAAGCAGGGCAAGGCUGUUCUGCUGAUUGGUGAACAAGGAACUGCUAAGACGGUCAUGAUUAAAGGCUACAUGUCAAACUAUGAUCCUGAAAUCCACAUGGGCAAGAGUGUCAGCUUUUCCUCUGCUACUACACCACUCCUGUUCCAGAGGACAGUUGAGAGCUACGUUGAUAAGCGGAUGGGAACCACUUACGGACCUCCAGCUGGGAAGAAAAUGUCUAUUUUUAUAGAUGAUAUCAACAUGCCUGUCAUCAACGAGUGGGGAGAUCAGGUGACUAAUGAGAUUGUCCGGCAGUUGAUGGAGCAAAAUGGAUUUUACAACUUGGAAAAACCGGGAGACUUUACCCAUAUUGUGGACAUUCAGUUCCUGGCAGCUAUGAUUCAUCCUGGAGGAGGCCGUAAUGACAUCCCGCAGAGGCUGAAACGGCAUUUCUCCAUCUUUAACUGUACCUUGCCCUCCAAUGCUUCCAUCGACAAGAUAUUUGGUGUGAUUGGUGAGGGUCACUACUGUGCUAAUCGUGGCUUUAUUGAUGAAGUCCGGUCCACCAUACCUCGCCUGGUGUCUCUGACUCGCCAUCUCUGGCAGUUGACAAAACUCAAGAUGCUCCCCACGCCUGCCAAAUUUCACUACAUCUUCAACCUUAGGGAUUUGUCAAAAAUCUGGCAAGGCAUGCUGAAUACCACUGCUGAGGUGGUGGGCUCCAUGAAGGUGUUGCUGACACUGUGGAAGCACGAGUGCAAACGUGUGAUAGCUGAUCGAUUUACCAUGCCUGAGGACAUCGAAUGGUUCGACAAGGCUUUGGCAAAGCUGGUAGAGGAGGAGCUUGGCAAGGAACGAAAGAACAUGGUGGACUGUGGCGUAGACGCCUACUUUGUUGACUUUCUACGCGAUGCACCUGAGGCUACAGGGGAAGAGCCAGAAGAUACUGUUUUAGAUGUACCGAAGAUCUAUGAGCCUAUUGAGUCAUUUGAGAGUUUAAAGGAAUGUCUAAACAUUUUCCUCACCCAUUAUAAUGAGAGUAUCAGGGGAGCUGGGAUGGACAUGGUUUUCUUUCAAGAUGCUAUGACACACUUGGUCAAGGUGUCGAGAAUAAUCCGGACACCUGGAGGCAAUGCCUUAUUGGUGGGUGUCGGGGGCUCAGGGAAACAGAGUCUGACCAGACUGGCUUCAUUCAUUGCUGGAUACACCAUCUUCCAGAUCACACUCACACGCUCAUACAACACAGCCAACCUGAUGGAUGACCUGAAGGUUUUGUAUCGGACGGCUGGCCAGCAGGGCAAAGGCAUCAGCUUCAUUUUCACUGAUAAUGAGAUCAAAGACGAGUCCUUCCUCGAGUACAUGAACAAUGUGCUGUCAUCUGGAGAGGUGUCCAGCCUGUUCACACGUGAGGAGAUUGAUGAAAUUCUCAAUGAUCUCAUUCCUGUCAUGAAGCGAGAGUUUCCCAAACGACCACCUACUAAUGAAAACCUGUAUGAGUACUUUAUGUCACGGGUCCGACAUAAUCUCCAUGUUGUCCUGUGCUUCUCUCCUGUUGGAGAAAAGUUCCGCAACCGAGCGUUAAAGUUUCCUGCACUGAUAUCUGGUUGCACCAUGGACUGGUUCAGCCGCUGGCCAAAAGAUGCUCUUGUUGCAGUAUCAGAGCACUUCCUGUCAGUCUAUGACAUAGACUGCUCCUCCCAGGUGAAAGGUGAGGUGGUCCAGUGCAUGGGCUCCUUCCAGGACGGCGUGGCAGAAAAGUGUGUGGACUACUUUCAGAGAUAUCGACGUUCCACCCAUGUUACCCCCAAAUCCUACCUUUCCUUCAUCCAGAGCUACAAGGUCAUCUAUCAAGAGAAAAGGUCUGCGGUUCAGAACCUGGCAGACAGGAUAAACACGGGUCUUCAAAAGCUAAAAGAGGCAUCAGAGUCAGUAGCAGCACUCAGUAAGGAGCUGGAGGUGAAGGAGAAAGAGCUACAGGUGGCCAAUGACAAGGCUGAUAUGGUGUUAAAGGAGGUGACAGUAAAAGCCCAAGCAGCUGAGCAAGUGAAAGUGGAGGUGCAGAAAGUGAAGGACAAGGCACAAGCCAUUGUGGACAGCAUCUCAGCUGACAAGGCCAUUGCUGAGGAGAAACUGGAAGCUGCUCGGCCAGCGCUUGAGGAAGCUGAGGCUGCACUAAAGACAAUCAAACCAGCAGACAUUGCCACAGUAAGAACACUUGGUCAUCCUCCUCAUCUCAUCAUGAUGAUCAUGGACUGUGUACUACUGCUCUUCCAGAGGCGGGUGAACCAAGUAAAGAUCGACCCAGAGAAAAAAUGCAUCACACCUUCGUGGCAGGAAUCCCUCAAACUCAUGACAGCUGGAAACUUCCUUGGCAGCCUGCAGCAAUUUCCCAAAGACUUAAUUAAUGAAGAAACGGUGGAACUUUUGCAGCCUUAUUUUGAUAUACCUGACUACAACAUCGAAACAGCCAAAAGGGUGUGUGGAAAUGUGGCUGGCCUGGCAUCCUGGACCAAAUCCAUGGCUGCCUUCUUCUCCAUCAACAAGGAGGUCUUACCCUUAAUGGCUAACUUGGCAGUGCAGGAGAAUCGUCUGACCAUAGCCAAUCUGGACCUGCAGAAAGCUCAGGCUGAACUGGAUGCCAAGCAGGCAGAGUUGAAUGUGGUUAAGGCAGGCUAUGAAAAGGCCAUGAUGGAGAAACAGGCGCUGUUGGAAGACGCUGAGCGCUGCAGACACAAGAUGCAAACAGCGUCCAGUCUGAUCAGUGGUUUAGCUGGCGAGAAGGAGAGAUGGACAGAGCAAAGCAAAGAAUUUGCUGUGCAAACCAAACGUCUCGUGGGUGACGUCCUUCUGGCUACUGCGUUUCUUUCUUACUGCGGCCCUUUUAAUCAGGAGUUCCGUGAACUCCUAAUGAAUGACUGGCGGCAGGAGUUGAUGCAGCGUCAUAUCCCUUUUGGCAGCGAACUCAAUCUAACCGAGAUGCUAAUUGAUGCGGCCACUGUCAGUGAGUGGAACCUACAGGGCCUCCCCAAUGAUGAUCUGUCUAUUCAGAAUGGCAUCAUUGUUGCCAAAGCUGCUCGAUUCCCGCUGCUAAUUGACCCCCAGACGCAGGGAAAACUCUGGAUCAAGAACAAAGAGGCCAAGAAUGACCUACUGGUCACCUCACUGAAUCACAAGUACUUCAGAAAUCAUCUAGAGGACAGUUUGUCUCUUGGACGCCCCCUGUUGAUUGAGGACAUAGGAGAGGAGCUUGACCCUGCCCUAGACAACAUCCUUGAGAAAAACUUCAUCAAGACUGGCACCACUUACAAGGUGAAACUGGGUGAUAAAGAGGUGGAUGUGAUGGAUGGCUUCAAGUUGUAUGUGACCACUAAACUGCCAAACCCAGCCUACACCCCUGAGAUCAGUGCCCGCACCUCCAUCAUUGACUUCACUGUCACCAUAAGAGGACUGGAGGACCAGCUGCUGGGUAGGGUCAUUCUCAUGGAAAAACAGGAACUGGAGAAUCAGAGAACAGAAUUGAUGGAAGAUGUGACAUCCAACAAGAGAAAGAUGCAAGAAUUGGAGGACAACCUCCUCUACAGACUCACCAGCACAAAGGGUUCGCUGGUGGAUGACGAGAGUCUGAUUACUGUACUCAGCAACACCAAGUGUACAGCAGAAGAGGUCACUCAGAAACUAUGCAUUUCUGCUGAGACAGAGGUUCAGAUCAAUGCAGCCAGAGAGGAGUAUCGACCUGUGGCCUCCAGAGGCAGCAUCCUGUACUUCCUGAUCACAGAAAUGAGCAUGGUGAAUGUCAUGUAUCAGACCUCUCUGAGACAGUUCCUGGGACUUUUUGACAUUUCUCUUAUGAGGUCCUCUAAAAGCCCAAUUACCAGCAAACGCAUCGCCAAUAUCAUUGAGUUCAUGACCUUUGAGGUGUACAGAUAUGCAGCACGGGGAUUCUACGAGGAGCACAAGUUUCUUUUCACUUUGCUCUUGACACUGAAGAUUGACAUGCAGAAUCACAAGGUCAAACACGAAGAGUUUCUCACGCUUAUUAAAGGUGGUGCAUCUCUGGACCUGAAGGCCUGCCCUGACAAACCAGCCAAAUGGAUUCUUGACAUGACCUGGCUGAAUCUUGUGGAGCUCAGCAAACUAUGGCAGUUCUCUGCUAUACUGGAUGAGAUAAAGCGUAAUGAAAAAACAUGGAAAUCCUGGUUUGAUAAGGAAGCCCCGGAGGAAGAGGACCUCCCAAAUCCAUAUGGCAAUAGUCUAGACUGUUUUAGAAAGCUCCUCCUUAUACGUUGCUGGUGUCCUGACAGGACCAUCGCACAGGCUCGAAAAUACAUAAUGGUUGUAAUGGGAGAGAAGUAUGCUGAAGGGGUGGUUCUUGAUGUGGAAAAUACCUGGGAAGAAUCAGAACCCCGUACACCUCUUAUCUGUUUUCUGUCAAUGGGAUCAGAUCCAACUGACUCCAUCAUUGCACUUGGAAAGAAGCAGAAAAUUGAGACUCGAUAUGUUUCCAUGGGACAAGGACAAGAGGUCCACGCCCGCAAGCUUUUGCAGAAGACAAUGGCUAACGGUGGCUGGGCGUUGCUCCAGAAUUGCCAUCUGGGUCUGAAUUUCAUGGAUGAGCUCAUGUACACAAUAAUUGAGACAGAGGUUAUCCAUGACAGUUUCCGCCUGUGGAUGACCACAGAAGUGCACAGGCAGUUUCCAAUAACCCUCCUGCAGAUGUCAAUCAAGUUCACCCACGAACCACCACAGGGCCUCAAGGCAGGGCUCAAGAGGACAUACGGAAGUAUAAACCAGGACAUUUUGGAUGUCAGUAACAUGGUGCAGUGGAAACCAAUGCUGCAUGCUGUAGCAUUUUUGCACAGCACUGUGCAGGAGAGGAGGAAGUACGGGCCUCUGGGGUGGAACAUCCCCUACGAAUUCAACCAGGCCGACUUCAAUGCCACCGUCCAGUUUGUUCAGAAUCACCUCGAUGACAUAGAUGUGAAAAAGGGAGUGUCAUGGAACACGGUUCAAUACAUGAUUGGAGAGAUUCAAUAUGGCGGCCGUGUGACUGACGACUAUGACAAGCGUCUUCUCAACACCUUCUCCAAAGUGUGGUUUACAGAAGAAAUGUUUGGAGAUAACUUCAAAUUCUAUCAAGGCUACAGCAUCCCAAAAUGCACCAGUAUUGAUCAGUACCUCACGUACAUUCAGGGUUUACCAUCUUAUGACACCCCACAACUGUUUGGUCUCCAUCCGAACGCAGACAUUACGUACCAGAGUAAGCUUGCGAAAGACGUGCUGGACACUAUCCUCAGUAUUCAGCCUAAAGACAGUUCAUCGGGUGGAGGGGAAACCAGAGAGGCUGUGGUGUCCAGGCUGGCUGAUGAUAUGUUGGAAAAACUGCCCCUUGACUAUGUACCUUUUGAAGUGAGGAAGUGUCUCCAAAAGAUGGGCCCAUUACAGCCCAUGAGCAUCUUCCUUCGUCAAGAGAUUGACCGGAUGAAUAAGGUCAUCAUUCUGGUCCAAAGCACACUGACGGACCUCAAGUUGGCGAUUGAUGGAACCAUCAUCAUGAGUGAGAAUCUGCGGGAUGCUCUUGACUGUAUGUACGAUGCACGCAUUCCUCAACGUUGGAAGAAGGCGUCGUGGGCCUCGAGCACCCUGGGCUUCUGGUUCACAGAGCUGCUUGAGCGUAACCGGCAGUUUCAAGCUUGGAUCUUUGAAGGGCAGCCCAAUUGCUUCUGGAUGACAGGCUUCUUCAACCCGCAGGGCUUCCUGACAGCCAUGAGACAGGGCAUUACACGGGCCAAUAAAGGCUGGACUCUGGACCGCAUGGUGCUAUGCAAUGAGGUAACCAAGUGGAUGAAAGAUGACAUCACCCAGCCCCCUAAGGAGGGAGUGUACGUCUACGGGCUCUACUUAGAAGGAGCCGGCUGGGACCGCCGCAACAGCAGACUGGUUGAAUCCAAACCCAAAGUUCUCUUUGAGAUGAUGCCUGUGAUCAGGAUGUACGCUGAGAAUAACGGUGAGUCAGAGUCCCGUUUGUACUCCUGUCCAGUGUACAAAAAGCCUGCUCGGACGGACUUGAAUUACAUCACAGCUGUCAACCUGAAGACAACACAGCCUCCAGAAGAAUGGAUCCUGCAGGGUGUGGCACUGCUGUGUGACAUCAAAUAA